GGAAGAAAAUCUUCUUUUUUAUUCAUUCGGUGUUGUGUGUGUAUUACGAAUAAAGGAUCGUAUGGGGUUAAAGAAGAGGGAUGAAUGAGUGGUGCGUGGUACGUGUCUGGAUUUACUAAUUUAGAAGCUCCACAACUUUGCUACAAAAUUUAACACACAAAAUCAUUUCAUGCACCCUCCACUUAGCACAACGCACCUUAAUUGCUUAUUGGUUUUCAAUUUUCAUUGCCGGGUUCAUCAACCUCCUCUCUUUAGCCUAAUCCCCCUUUUCUUUUUUCUUUUCUCAUUCAACAACAAAAAUAUGGUCCAUUAAUUGACGCCAGCUUAUCAUGUUAAGGAAUUUGAUGUUUUUCAUUCUGGAAGUGCGUACAUAUAUAUAUGAUGAUGGUCGGGAAAGAUCAAAUUUUCAGCUUUGUUAAGACACCUUCAUUGGUUAUCUUCGGGUUGUGUCUGGCUACUGUUACAUUACUCGGAGGUUUCCGUCUACGGUGGCCUCCCAACUUGGUGAAUUUUACCAUAGGACGCUUAGGUUAUUAUUCCACUGGUGGUGAAACAUGCGAGUUAUUCAAGGGUAAAUGGAUAUGGGAUGAGAAGAGACCUCCUCUGUAUACGAAUUUGACCUGUAAAACACUCCCUGAUAAGAAGAAUUGUCUGUUGCAUGGCCGAACGGAUUCCGACUACAUUCGGUGGAGAUGGAAACCGGCCGGCUGCGAGCUGCCGAGGUUCAACCCCAGUAAGUUUCUAAGUAUUGUGCGCGGGAAAACGCUGGCGUUCAUCGGCGAUUCUGUUGGCCGGAAUCAGAUGGAAUCGCUCCUUUGUCAAUUGUCAACGGAAGAAUCACCAAAUGAAGUGUACAAGGACGCAAAAGAUCGGUUCACAACAUGGCAAUUUCCAAAACACAACUUCACUCUCAUGGUCCUGUGGACCCGAUUCCUUGUCAAUUCUUCCCAGACAGUAGUCAACAGUUCAGUGACCGGCGCUUUCGACCUGCAUCUCGACAAGAUUGAUCUCAACUGGGCUCAAAACCUACCGGCUGUCGACAUUGCCAUCAUCUCGGACGCCCAAUGGUUCCUCAGGGAGAACUAUUUGUAUGAAGGUGGAGAACUUAUUGGAUGCAUUUACUGCCAGGAUCCAAAAGUGACCAACCUUGGCCCUGGUUUUGCCAUCCAAAGAGCCUUCAGAGCUGCUUUAAACUACAUCAAUGAUUGUAAAGAUUGCUCUGGCAUUCUCACUUUAUUGAGGACAUACUCGCCGUCUCAUUUUGAGAACGGCACCUGGAAGACUGGGGGGAGCUGCCUCAGGACCCACCCGUUUGGAACCGAGGAGAUUAAGGACCAUGUUGAGGAUCUAGAUUACAGGAACAUCCAAGUGACAGAAGUUGAGACUGCUAGGAAGUCGGGACAGAAAAAUGGGAAUGCUUACGGUCUCUUGGAUGUCACCGAAGCUAUGCUAAUGAGGCCGGAUGGUCACCCAGGACUGCACUGGCGAAGGAAGAAGAAGGGUUACAGUGAUUGCGUUCAUUGGUGCUUGCCAGGACCCAUUGAUGCCUGGAAUGAGCUUCUACUUGAGGUGCUCCGACAACACUCCCCUUUGCCCCUGCGAUCUAAACAGCACGCCUUGCGAUUCAACUGAUGCAGUUGGGAGGAACAACAAAUUAUGAGCUCCAUGCAGACUCCAAAACUCCAAGAAGUUUUGUUGUACUGAUCAUCAAAGCUCAAUAUUAUUUGUUCUCGUCGAGAAGAGAAUAAAUAUAAAGAUUGAAGAACCUGCAGCCCAUCUUUUUUAUCAGAACCAUGCUUAGUGUUACCCAACAAAUGGCAUUGUUGGCCGAAGGAGAACGAACUGUGGCAGAAUUUGUAAGAUGAGAAAAAGGAAGCAGUUAGGGAAGCUUAAUCGUCCUACCCAUUUCAGAGUUAGUUUUUGCUCGUACAAGCAGGAAACUCAACGAUGCAACCAAUUAAAGAACCUCCAAAAGCCCAAUCAUGAUCAAAUCAUUCUUCCUAUCUUCUUUUUCUAAUUUUAUAUUGGUUCAUAAGAUUGCAUAAGAAUUAAGGAAAACAAGUUAGAACUUAGAAGGCAAAUGCCUUCUUGAUGACCUGUGACAUUUUACUAAUCUAUUCUUUACAUUAUAAAGAUGGUUACCAGCUUUAUCCAAGUAUUUAUUCACUUGCUUAACUUUACCAAGGCAAAUGAAUAUCUUCAAAGACGCAAGUUUUUAAUAACCAUUCUCAAUGGAAACUCAGUCAUGAUAAUUUAGGACCAAAUACCAUAUGCCAUAUACCAGUAGGACUUAAUGACCAUCUUGGAACUGAAAUAUCAGAUGCCAUAUGCUUCUAGGACUUGACUACAGGUAAGUCUCAAUGAUCAUCUUGGAGAAAAAGAUGAUCAUCUUGAGUAUCUUAGCCAUGUAAUGAUCAUCUUGAGUUCAGCCAGCCGCUUCCCCGCACUCAAGGCUUCCAAUCUUUAAGGUUCCUUAUCAAACCAAAAUCUCAAUCAAAGCCUAUAAAACUAAAUGGAGUUCACAGGUGCUGAACAUCACAGGUGAAAGAAUUCCAGAAGAUUAGUCUAACAAGAUUGUCAAAAUUGCACGGGCAUGAUUCCAACCCAGGACUUGAGAAAAUUUACUUUGAAAUGUCUUUUCCAGUGUCUUCUGCAGAAGCAGAUUCCUAUAGUUCCAUUACAUGGCUGUCCUAAAAGAACCAUCAACUUCCCUCCAAGUUCCAACACACACAAUAAUAUAAAUGAAAUCAAUAAGCUGAAGAAAUAGAACCGGUUCCACUUCCAAAUGAACCAUAAUCAUUGACCUAUGAAGUUAUGGACCGGGACAUGAACACUAGAAUGAACUUAAUCUCUUGUGAUUGAACAAGAUCUAUGCAACCAUACUUCAACAAAACGACUCUUCUUCACUAAUACACUUCAAUACAUUACAGCAGGAUUCAAGAUGUCAAGAUCAGCACAGGUUGCACUUUCACAGAAACGAAAAGGUCAAGGACACUGUCUUCUGAUACAUAUUCAAGCAAUAAAUGAGGAAACUAUAGGCGUACUUGUACAUAUUUCAAGCAUAGGUAGCACUUCGUGUAGGGCUAAUGCCAAAGAAGCUAAGCUGCAGGUUUAUUUGAAAGAAUUAGGUUAACAGAUAUGAUCAGCUGAAAUUAGAGUAAGGUGGAAUAAAAGACGGGUGGGUCGUGGCAACUGGCGCUGGGAAAAAUACCUGAUAUGAAUAAAACAAAUAAUGUCUAAUUGUAGAACCUGGGAUGAAAUUUGCCUCUGAAUCAUACUCAUUAUGCUGUAUACCUUUCACUCUUUGGUGCGGAACCCAUUCUGUGAGACUGAGUUUUAUCAUGUAAGGAACCAGUACAAAACAACGAGACAAUGUUGUAUGCCUAAUCCGAAUGGAAUGUCUAACAUCUCCAUUAGGAUGGAAGCCUCAGUUCAUCUAAAAAUGUUCGUAUAGGGGCAAAUCUUUCAGCGCCUACUGGAACAGGUAGUGCUGAAUUUCAUUACAAUUGACUUCACAACAAGUCCAACUUACCAUAAAAGGGACCUCAAACACCCGAAAAUAAUGGAAAUGAAUAUCAAAAGAAAAUCAAAUACAAAUAAUAUCAGAUUCUUAAGAAAAGCAACAUUACCAAGAAUCAUUUUAAGUUCAUCUACCAUAAAUUUUGAUUUCGCCACUAUAGCAUCAUUACUGCAAUCUACAGUCAGUUUGUACAAGGAUAAGACGUGUGGAACAAAAGCUUGAUACCUAAUUCUUCCACAUGCUUAUACUCCAACAGCAACAUAUUAUGAACUGUCAUGGUUCUGCUGUACUACCACCUAGUGCAAAUGAGAACUGCUCGCGAACUGGUGGAUACUCAACUAGCCCAAUAUCCAUUGCAUAUCCUGCAACCGGCAACUUCAAAUCCCUUAAAACAGUGAAUGCCUCAGCCAUCCGUGGCUUUGGUAUUUCUUCGGCCACAGAACAGUGCGGAAUCCAAGUGUCUGGACGGUAAUCCUCCCCAAUUUCAAUGCCCUCUUUCCUCAUUGCAUCACACAGUUGAUGGUGAAACUGGAGGAGGGCUAAGGAUGGAGUAAUGCCAAGAAAGAGAACAUUUUUGUCAUUAGCAAGGCUUCCAACUGAAGAAAAUGUCAGUGGCAAAGGUUCUUGCUUUGAAGCAAAAUUCUUGACAAUGUUUUCGAGUUUGGCAACAUCCACAAAAGGGCUUGAAAAGAUAGUGAAAUGGGGUCUGGAUUCAAUCUCUAUGAGCUGGUUACUGAUUUGCCGGCGAGCCAACACAUUCCAAGCUUUCAAGACCUGGUUUUCAAGUGCUGGAUCAAAGUAAAGCUCCAAGGCAUAACCUUGUGACAUUGCCUCCAAAUUCAAUUUCCUACCACAAAAUUGCAAGGGGAAAAAAAACAUAUUUCAGGCAUUUAACAUCACUUGGUCGCAACUGAACCAAUUUCACAUAAUAACUGCCGGCACAAAAACCAAUCGAACUUAUAGAACGAAAUGAGAUCUCUAUGGCCCCACCAAAAACAAUGGGGCUUCAAAAUUGAAUUCUUAAAAAACAAAACAAAACAAUAAGGGGAAACAAAAAACAGGUUCAAAACAUUCAAUCUCAAUAUAAACCCUAAGAAAUCAAAGAACGCAGAAGUUAGAACUCACCCAAUUGAGACCGAAGACGGAAAAAGCUUGCACACGGCGAAAUUGGAACCCAAUUAGAGAAUUAAGUCAAUAAAUUAUGGAUCGAAUAAGGAACAAAAGCUUAUCGAACUGGGCUGCUUCAAGAGAUCAAGAAAAAACACAUGGGAGAACAGGUGAGAAGAUAAAGGUGUGGAAUUUAGGAUUUGGGACGUAUACACAAAGAGAAAAGAAAAACAAGAGGAAUAAACUAUAAAGAGAACCCAAGGUGGACUGAAAGGGGCUUUGAAAUUUGAACGAAGAAGCUGAUUUCUUGGGAGGAGCUUUCUAAAGUUAAUGCAAGAAUCUUCCUUAGCUUGUUACUUUGUUAUUAGUUGAUUUCGGCCGGAAGAGUGGAAGACAAAAGUACAACCACCAGACCUGAUUUUUUUACUGCCUCCAUCGAUUUUCUGUGCACAGUGAAAACUUUUGUAAAAGUAGGAGUGCGUGGACGUUGUAUUUUUUUAACUUUUGCUAGAGAAGUAACAAAAUUUCUGCUCACCAAUAUAAAACGUGCAUUUUUACUUACUACAUUGACUAGGCCAAACACACACACAAUGAAUUUUGGCUGUAGUUCAU